CCCUUCUUUCUUUUUAAUAACAAUAAUAAUAAUAAUAAUAAGUGAAUUAAUAUUGUUUUUAUAGAUCUAUAUAAUAAUAUAAACAUUUUUCUCUGUGCGUCUGUCAUCAGAGUUUGGCCUGAUAAUAUAAUAGGUUUGAGUAUGCACCCAAAUGAUUUUGGAAAGGGAAGGUCAAAUCAGAGAAGUUCCCUUCUUGUUUUGAUCUAUUCGCAGGUACCUCACUCAAAAGCCAUUAAAAGAGAAAGAUAGAGAAGGAAAAGUAUGAGAGUUUUGCAGUAGAAGAGAUUUUGGUCUGACAAAGAGCUUCCCUUUCUUUUCCUUUACCCUUAUGUGAAGGGACUGAUAAAGAUCCAAUCUUUGAUAUAUAUAAAUAUAUUAUUGUUGUUGUAUAGUUGAUGAUUCAUACAUGGACAGUAAGCAGAUCGAUCAUGAAGCACGUGCACACUCAGAUUUCCAUCACAACAGGCUUUUACUGACAAGUGAUAAGCUUUUUCUUUGAUGGGUUGAUCUGCAAAAAUCAACACUUGUUGAGAGAAAGAAAGAAAAUAAAUCUUCCCAAGAAAAAUAAACCAAUCCGAUGGCGACAUACUUUCAUGGGAAUCCUGAAAUCCAGGCAGCUGCAGCAGAAGGUCUACAAACCCUCGUACUAAUGAACCCUACUUAUGUCCAAUACUCCGACACACCACCACCCCAACCAUCUAGCAACCUAGUUUUCCUCAACUCCGCCGCCAGCAAUCUCACUCCGCCACCUCAUUUCUCCCACGCGCCACCCAGUACUCAACAAUUCGUGGGUAUACCCUUAGACCCUAACUCCCAUGAUACCUCAACUUUGCAUGGUCUUGUACCCAGAAUUCAUUACAAUCUUUACAAUCCAAUUGACCCUGCAUCGGCUGCGCGUGAAAUCCCACGCGCCCAACAAGGACUCUCUCUGAGUCUUUCUUCUCAGCAACAACCCGGCUAUGGGUCUCAGGCUCAAGCGGUGUCUGGUGAAGAUAUGAGAGUGUCAGGUGGGUCUGUGUCUUCAGGUUCAGGUGUGACAAAUGGGGUGUCAGGUAUUCAAGGAGUGUUGUUGAGCUCUAAGUACUUAAAGGCUGCUCAAGAGUUACUUGAUGAGGUUGUUAAUGUUAAUAACAAUGGGCUUAAGAGUGAAUUAUCCAAGAAAGGUAAUAAUGGGAUUAUUAGUAACAACAGCAACAAGGCUCUUGGAGAAUCAUCAGCUGGUGAAGGGUCAGCUGGUGGUGGUGGAGAUUCCGGCGCCGGAGGGAAGCGUGGAGCAGAGCUCUCUACAGCUGAGAGGCAAGAAAUUCAGAUGAAGAAGGCUAAGCUGAUUAGCAUGCUUGAUGAGGUGGAGCAGAGGUACAGGCAAUAUCACCAUCAGAUGCAGAUAGUGAUAUCUUCAUUUGAGCAAGCGGCAGGAAUUGGUUCUGCAAAAACAUACACUGCCCUUGCACUCCAAACUAUCUCCAAGCAAUUCAGGUGCUUAAAAGAUGCGAUAACAGGUCAAAUUAAAGCUGCAAACAAGAGCCUAGGAGAAGAAGAUUGCCUUGGAGGUAAGCUUGAAGGUUCCAGGCUCAAAUUCGUCGAUCAUCAUCUUCGACAACAGCGAGCACUUCAACAAUUGGGAAUGAUCCAGCACAAUGCUUGGAGACCCCAAAGAGGAUUGCCUGAAAGAUCAGUUUCAGUUCUUCGCGCCUGGCUCUUCGAGCACUUUCUCCACCCUUAUCCCAAAGAUUCUGAUAAGCAUAUGCUUGCCAAACAGACAGGGCUUACUAGGAGCCAGGUGUCUAAUUGGUUUAUAAACGCUCGAGUUCGGCUUUGGAAGCCGAUGGUUGAAGAAAUGUAUUUGGAGGAAAUUAAGGAGCAAGAAAGGAAUGGUUCAGAUGACAAAACAAGCAAGAGUGAACAGAAUGAAAAUGCAGCUCCCAAGUCAGUUCUGCAAGAAAAAGGUUCAGCUGUUGAGAAUCAGACUAAAAGUUUCAAGUCUCUGGACGGCUCUCCAAACCAUAAUGCACCUUCUGCAGUUUCAGUGUCUACAGCUUCGACAUCUCCCAUAGGAGGAAAUGUACGAAACCAGUCUGGAUUCUCUCUCAUAGGGUCAUCAGAAUUAGAAGGAAUCACACAAGGAAGUCCAAAAAGACAUAGAAGCACUGAAAUGAUCCAAUCCCCAACAAGUGUUCCAUCCAUAAACAUGGAUAUCAAGCCAGGCGAGAUGAACAAUGAUCAGAUUUCGAUGAAGUUUGGCAGCGAGAGGCAGAAUAGGGAUGGGUACUCAUUCAUUGGAGGCCAAACCAACUUCAUUGGAGGUUUCGGACAAUACCCAAUUGGAGAUCUUGGAAGGUUUGACACGGAACAGUUCACACCAAGGUUUUCAGGGAACGGUGUUUCUCUCACUCUCGGUCUGCCCCAUUGUGAAAACCUAUCUAUGUCAGGUACCCAUGAAAGUUUUCUCCCCAGUCAGAACAUUCAAUUGGGAAGAAGAGUAGAAAUUAGUGAACCGAAUGAGUUCGGAGGCAUUAACACAUCCACACCUCACUCGUCAACUGCCUACGAGAGUAUCAACAUUCAGAACAGAAAGAGGUUUGCAGCACAAUUGCUACCUGACUUUGUGGCCUGAUAAUCAUAGGAGGCCAUGAAGUAGUAACUACAGGAAGGUUUCAUGGCUUCAGGAUCUCUUUUCACUAUUUCUUGCUGUUCCAACCAUUAGUAGGGACAAAGGACAAUGCAUGGUGUAGUGUAAAGAAAGAAGAAAAUUUACAUAGUAUAGGUCUAUACUUUGGCAUAGAACCAUUGAGUUCUUAGACAGCUUAGGAUUUGAGAGUAUAUGGGUUGAGGUUUGUAUAUUAUUUUUGUAAGUUUUGGAGAUGGAUAGAUGGAUUGAUGUCAUAAAAAUUAGCUAUUGGGGUAUACUAAUAUAUAUAAAUAUUACAUAAAUAUUGAUUGUGAGCAAAUAUGGUGUCAACUGUAUUUUAUCAAAUAAAGACAAUCAGGAACCAUAAUGCUCAGUUGGUAGCAAACUACAAAUAGAAUGGUGUCUCUUUCAAUAA